AAAAUGAAAAAAGCAUUAUUUCUCCCAGGCUUAAAGGCUUGACCGGUUCUAUAGGUGUUAAGAGCUUUGUAUACUCUCCCGGCCGGUAAGACUCCAUCAUAUGGCCUCUCCUUCGCUGGCUGGGGAUAUGGAUGUAUCGUUCACUCGACAAGGUCCCAAAAGAAAUCUUCAUUGUUGGUCCAAGCUUCCUCAAGAUCUCCUGCAAUCGAUUUUUGAACGUCUUUGCUUUGCCGAUUUUGAACAUGCUAAAUGUGUUUGUUCAUCUUGGCAAUCCGCUUCUAGACAAUCUAAACCAAACAAUGAAAUCCCUUGGAUGAUUCUAUUUCCCAAGCACAAAAAUUAUUGUUAUUUGUUAAAUCCUGAAGAAAAGGACAAGGUUUACAAAACUCAAGAUCUCGGCAGCGACUUUGUAAAGAGUUUUUGUGUGGCGAGUUAUAGAAGCUGGCUUUUAAUGAAACCUCGAUAUGAAUACAUUGACAACCCUCAAUAUAAUCUCUACAUUUUAGAUCUUUUAACCCGCGAGAGGAUCAAUCUACCGACUUUCGAAUCGGAAACCGGACUCGCUUCUCCGAUAUUAUGGAUAGACGAGAAAACCAACUAUUACCUAGUUAUUGGAAUGGUUGAUGAAAAAAAUGCGAUUGCUUUCAAGAGAGAAGACAACUCGUGGAAACAAAUUCCUCUUACGUUAGAUAUAGCGAAGUGUUUUGACAUGGUUUACAAUGAUCACAAGCUUUAUUGUCUCAACUAUUAUAAACUCAAGAUUUUUGAUUUUUUUGGAGAAAAUCCAGUUCAAGUUUUCAAAAUUAGCGUACGUGGAUGCAUACUAAUAUCUUCCAGUUUUGGCAUGAGAUUUCCUGGAAUUCCAUGGGAGGUCCAGAGAGGUUACUAUACGGAUCGUAUAGUAGUCACUGUAGGUGGAGAUGUUUUAAUUGUUAAGGGCCGACGUCCAAGAUUGUGCCGAAUAUGGAACUUUGAAAUCUACAAGAUGGGUUCGUCGAAGGGGGACAAGUGGAAGGAAAUUUUUUCUUUGGGAGACGAAGCAAUUCUUUUGGAUUUGGGUAUCACAGUGCGCACCAAAGAAAUUAAAGGCAUCAAGAGAAAUUCGAUUUACUUCAACGGCAAUGACCUUGAUGGUAUAUAUGACAAAAACAAUAUUUUCAUAUUCAGUCUCGAUACAAAGAAGGUUGAACAAACACACUACUUUGUUUGUUUGUCCAUUUUAUGCAAUGACGCGAGAUGGUUCUUACCCGGUUUCAAACGAUAA